CACUCGGAUCAAAAAAAAAGUUAUAAAGCCAUGUUGGAGUUCAAUGACUUCCAAACUUCAAGCCCCGAUGGUUUAACUGCCGCUUUGGGUUUUCGAAUUUAUAACGAUUUGAGAAAUGAAGACCAAAGUGCUGACUAUGUGCCAAACUAUGAUACCAAUCUGAAAGUGUUUUAUUUAAUCAAUAAAGAUAAAGCCUAUGUACCCGUUCUUCACACAAAGGAAAUCGACUUCCGAAUUUUUAAGCCCUUACAAGAAAAGCUAAAAGAAAUCAAUAUAUUUCUGGCCAUUGUGGACAACACAGGCAAUACUUUGUAUUACCAAAUCAGCGAUGGACUGUACGAAAAACCAAUUAACAAAAACCCCAUUUAAAUAAUAGCGAUAGAUACAUUUAUUCAAAAUCAUAUCAUAAAUAUAAGUUACAGUCACAACUUGAAGCUAAACAAAGUGACUGGACAUGGACCAAUCCGAAUUGACAAAUUUCAAAUGAAAUCGACGGUUAUAGCCGCAAGCUGUGGGCAUAAUAAUCGCAAUAAAAAUGACAAUAGAA